AUGUUGCCCUUCCAAAGUGGUGAGAGGUUGAACAGUCGGCAAACCCCACCUUUCGCUUUAGUACUGGGAUUUUGGGGCGGGACCUACCACAAACUGAGCUUUCAAGACUUCAGUGAGCCAGAAGAGGAGAGUGCAUUACUCGUCUGCGAAGAAUCUCCUUCCGUUUCAAAUGGUCAUAUUUUAUUUGGUAACUGCUUCAAAAAGGCUUUUUAUUCAAAAACACUAUCAAAUACCUUAUCAGAGGUGAAACUUUGGAAAAGAUUAGGAAAAACAUGUCUUGAAAAAAAUGAUAAAUUUUGGAGGGAUUUUGCUAGCUUGCUGUCGAAAAGAAUUUUCAAGCUAUUAGCACUCCUACUUGAUGGAAUACACAAUAUUUUACUGGCCUCUGAAUAUAUGAAGGAUAAUUCACGAUCCUGGAGCCUUGCAACAGCAUGUUCUCAAGUAGCUACCUUGAAUGGUAUACAAUUGCUUAAGCUUGAACCGAACAUCGAAUAUGCAUUCCCACUCUUCCUUCAACCAUCAAAAAUCAUUCCAGUGCAAAACGGAUUGGAAGUGAAAAGAACCCAACGUUCAUACGGGUCGGAGGAGGCUGCCGUUUCACGAAAGACGAAGCGUUUACAUAGGAUAGCGAGGGAUGAAAAUGAAAAUACCAGUAGUGGGAGCAAGAAAUGCAAAAAAAUCAGCGCCACAGCACUGAAUGACACCAAUGAACACAUCGAAGAUAUUCGACGAUUUGCACGGGCCUUCAAAAUGAAGCGAUUGAGUUUGGGUCUAACACAGACACAAAUCGGACGUGCGUUAACAGCUGGAGAUGGACCCGCCUACAGUCAAAGCGCUAUUUGUCGGUUUGAAAAGCUUGACAUCACACCAAAAUCAGCUCAACGCAUUAAACCGGUAUUGGAGCGUUGGCUCGCGGAACUGGAGGGUCGUCGUCCUAAUGAUCAAAUGGCUUCACAUCCAACCAAUCUUGGAAAUAAAAACAGUGUCUGUGGAAGUGUCGGCAGCAGUCCGGAGGAUAGCGGGAUCUAUCGCGCCGACUGCGAGUCGGAUGAGUCUUGUGCCGGGAUUAGGAAGCGCAAGAGUCGAACAAAUUUCUCGGCUGAUGCGUUGGAGCGCCUCAAUCAUGAAUUCAACAUCAACAUGCAUCCGUCAGGUUCGAUUCUACUUACUCCAUGUGGUAAAUAUAAGAAGGCAAAGCUCAUUAAAAAUGAUUAA